AUGGAUGAGAUAAGUUCGCUAUUCGAUCAAACGCUUUCAACAGAGAUCCUGGAUCUGUCGAAUGAUACACAAAAGAACACAUUUUUGUAUAGUAAACUUCUCUUUCAUGUUGUACUUCAUUUGCCUCACGAUAAUGCAUCCAAACAGCAACUGUUCUCCAAUGUUAAAAAAUCAACUGCUCAGCGUAACGACUAUUCCAAAUCUCUCUCUAAAAACUUUGAAGAUAAAUAUAAGGCCGAGGAAGUAGUUUGGUGGUACACAGAACCGUCGUUCUUAUACUGGCAAUUGAAUAAAGCAUUACGUGAACAAGAAAUCGAUAACCUUUAUGAAAUGCGUCAUUAUAUUGUUGAUCUUCAACACCAAAUAGAAAAACUACAUCUAAACUUCGAAGCAACAGUACUUUAUCGUGGCGUCACAAUCCAAGAUUUCCAGUUGCAAAAACUGGAGCAAAGCAUUGGUACACUCAUCCAUUUUUCUGAAUUUCUUUCCACAAGUCUUAAGAAAGAGGUCGCAAUGGGUUUUAUGAAACCUGAAGUUGGCAAUAGUGCUAGAAAGAUCGAUAAUACUAUGAAAGCUGUGUUAUUUCACAUUGAUGUUAGUUCGCGAGACGAUAGUUUCGCACUAGAAGAGAAUUUUGUUGGUUGCAUCGCGAGCCUUAGUCAAAAACCCACAGAAUAUGAAGUUUUAUUCUCGCCUAACUCAGUUUUUCGACUGGAACGUAUUCAAGAGGAUGAAGACAAGGUACACAAUAUUUAUCUGAAAUUAACCAAUGAAAGAGAUGCAAACUUAAAGAAACUUUAUCAAUACUAUAAACAAGAAAUCGGUGCUAACGCAAACGAUCCUACGAACUUAGUUAUCUUGGCGAAAUUGAUUAGACGAAUGGGCAAGUUUCAAAUUGCAAUUCACUACUAUCAAAAGGCCCUAGAAGAUGAAACUUGGAAUCAAGUUGAACAGUAUAAAACUACUGUUUUUACAGAUUUAAGCCUAAUCUAUCGGCAGACUAAAGAGUAUGACAAAGCUCUGGAAGUCCUCGAUAAAGCUACCGAAAGUGUAAAACAAGGACAACACGAACGGUUUGCUCGCCCUUAUCGAAUGAUAGCUUGUAAUAGAGCAAUGGUGCUCAAGUAUAAAAAGGACUUUACGGGUGCACUGCAAUAUUAUUUAGAACUGGUAGCAAUGGAACGAGAGGCGACAGAUGUUAACGACCAAGAACGGGCAACAACGCUCAACAAUUUGGGUUCCAUAUACUAUGAUACGGGUUAUUAUGAUGAAGCAAUUGCUGUUUUUCAGGAAACUUUGUCAAAGCAAAAUAAUCAGUUACCAGAAAAUCACCCAGAGAUUGGAAGAACGUAUAGUAACAUGUCUGCCUGCUGGCUAAGAAAAGGUAAUCACCAAAAUGCAGAGGAAUACGCAAAUAAAGCUAAUAUGAUAAAUUCACACUCAAUGAUGGAUGAUCAUCAAUCAGUUGCUUGUACAAAAGGAAACCUUGCAAUGGCUCAAAAAGAAUUAGGACUUGGCGUGGAAGCCUACGGCAAUUUGGAGGAAGCUGAAGAAAUUUUACAAAAACAGUAUCCCCCUCAUGAUUCGUACCUACAAACUCUAAAAGCAGUAAAGGAUUCUAUUCAGUUCUAA